AUGACAUUUUAUUAUAAUGUAUAUAUAUCACAGAUUCAAAAAUUUAAAAAAAUUAUUUUAACUAUAUAUUGACUUCAUUUUUCAUUUCUUAUUAUUCAAUUCAAAUAGGAGAGUGUUAAAGUUAAGGUCAUAAAAUGUCCAAAGCUGAAAUACCGUCAAAAUGUAAUUCCCAGAAAAAAUCUACUUGGAUUCAAGUAAAUAUUUUUGACUCAUUCAAAAAAAUGAAUGAUUUGAGUAGAAAACAGCAAAUGAUGAAGAUUCAGAAAAUAAUACAGGGCUCUUCUCCAUUUAUUAUUGAAAUUUCUGAUGAAUCUGAUACUGAUUCAGAAAUGGAGACAAUUACAAGGACUCCUGCAGAUAUCAAUGUGAAGAGAAAAUUGGCUUUUGACCUAUCUGAAAAUUCAGAUGACUCUAAUGAGGGUGAUGGGAUGGCAAUAAAAUCUGAAUGUUAUCCAAGAAGAAAAAAUGUGCCUGAAGAGAUGAUUCUCAACAAACCUAUCGCUAGUUCUUCUCCCAAAGGAUCGUCCAUAACUGAUCCUGUUGACAAAGAAGUGAUGAGUGACGAUUCUGACAGCACAAUAAUUUUAGAAAAUAGCUUCAAUAAAACUAUUCUCAUUCAACAACAUAUAGUGUUAUCCCCUGAAAAAUCAAAUGAAAUUUCUACUAGUGGCAUCACAAACAAUAGUUCAACUAGUGAACUAAACAAUUGUAAAGUGGGUGCUUGUCCUGGAGAAGUUGAGGACAAACAAAAUGGAUGUCGUAUACCUUCAAAAAGAUCAAAAGUUGAAGAGAGUACCAGUAAUAAAGAUUCCCCAGGAAUUAAUUCUAAUGGAGAUGUCAGUAAAUUGAAACGUAAAGUUGGCACUGGUGAGUCAGUUGCUGCCCCUUCUCGUAUUUAUUGUAAUUCCAAAACAAACUCAGGAACUACCCACAACUUCUCCACUACUCCUAUAAAGAAGUCAUCGCUUUCAAAUAAAGUUGAGACAUACCAAAAUAAUUCAAUUGCGCCAAAUGAGAGUGAAAUGAGGCCCAAGGAUAGUGAGUUAAGUACUGCGUCCUCUAAUGGUUCAAAUAAUACCAGAAUAGAUGGAAAAACUACCCACAACAUACCCAUUACUUCGAUAAAGAAGUCAUCUAAUUCUAAUGAAGUUGUGACUGACCAAAACCAUUCAACUUCCCCAGAGAAUGAUAAUAUUCGCAAUGUGACUACAAUAAAAGACAAGGUUGGUGAGUCAGCUGUAACAUCUUCUAGUAGUUCACAUAAUGCCAAAACUGAUUUAGGAACUACCCAUUACAUGACCACUACUCCUAAAAAGAAGUCAUCUAAUCAUAAUGAAGUUGCGACUUGCCUGAGCAGUUCAACUUCUCCAGAAAAGAAUUCUCUUAGAAAUGUAGGUAAAAUGAAGUACAAUGCCGGUGACUCAGUUGCUGCAUCCUCCAGUAGUUCACUUAAUGCCGAAACAGAUAGAACAUCCCAAAACUUACCCACUACUCCUUCAAAGCCUAAACCAAGUAAAUCAUCAACUUCUAGAAUAUCUUUAAAAUCUGUUGGUCCCAGUAAAGCAGACAAUAACACCAUACCCAAAGUUGCUUCUGAAGAAGUAAAUCAAUCUUCAAACAUGACCCCAACUCGCAAAAAGCUCCAAAUCAGUGCCUCAACUGUUUCAUCUCCUAGUAAAAGAAGUAAUGGAUCUCCCAGUCCGAAGAAAGAAAGAGGCAUGAACAACAAUGUUUUGAAAGUAUUCCAAGAAUUGUUUCUUUAUGUCAGUGAGUCACCAUUCUUCAAAGACCUCAUUGAAGAAGAAAUAUCUAUAAUGAAGUUGAUUACAUCUUCAAAACCAAAGUACUUCUUUGUUAUUCUCAAGCUGUUCAUCUGGUUACCAAAAUGUUACAAUAUAUUCCGAUUUUGUCAAAAAAUUUCAGUUGAUCUGGAAGAUAAAGAAAUUGUUGAGUUGUAUAAAUUUCUGAAGGAAAAAAAUAUUGUUGAUGUUGACUUCAGUAAAGAAGAUGUCAGCAAUCUUUUGAAUGAUUUGGACCUUGUUUCUGUAAGAAGUAUAUGUGAAAAAUUCAAAUUGAAAAAUAAACUGACUAGUAAAAAAGAUAUGAAAUAUGCUCUCCUAAGAUUUUGUGAAACUCAGUCAACACUGACAUUUAAAAAGUCCGCAAAGGAUUUAAUACUUCAAGAAAUCUUAUUGAAGAUGGGAGACACCGUUAGGCUGAAAAACAAAGUACGAGAGGCAUUUUAUAAAGUUUUUCUUCUUGGAACAUUCACGAAUUCAGCUCUUGAUGUGCAGAACUUCUUCAAAACCAUGCUCCAUACAAAACCAGCUUUUCCUGAGUAUAGGAUUGAAGGUUAUCAUGUGUUUUAUUCUAGAGCAGAAUUCCAGAGAUAUGCCGAUGCAAGGAGACUCAGAGAUGGCUUGGAAGAGGCAUUUUCAAACCACAACCACAUAGAAAUGAUGCAAAUAUCUCAAAAAGUGUAUGAUGCCUUGAAGGAGAGCAGAAAUAAUAUUGAACAUGAUAGAUUCAAAGAUGUGCCACACUUGAAGAAAUUUACUGCAGAAUCCGUAUACAUCAGUGUCUUAUCAAAGGGCUGUGAACAGCUCAAAACGAAAUAUCCUGAAAAAGUGAAGAUUUGGACUCAGUUCCUCAUAAAAACAUUUCCCCAGUCUCAUCGAGCUGUUGAUUGGUACCUUCAACUCACUUGGUUAUAUAUGAGGUAUAUUCAACCCAUUGAUUAUGUUCGGGCUGCCAAGCUCUUAAUUGAUGUUCUGAAAAAUAAUCGCGAAAUAUGUUCAGACGUAGGGCUACAACAAUUAGGAGAAAGAGGAGAUCAGCUUAAAGUGGGAAAAAAAUAUAAAAUCGAUCAAUAUUACCAUGAUAAAAUUGCACAACUUGUACCAGAACCUAUAAAAUUAGAGCAUUUUCCACAAAACACUGUCGAUGCUAAGGCUAGAAGAAGUGAUGAAUGUGGUAAGAAACGAAGAUAUGUUGUCUAUGAUUCAGAUGGUGCCAAAAAUUAUUUGUCUGUCGAAAAUGUGGCAAUGGAUUAUUACAUUGAAAGAUUCGGGUAUACGAAUGGCAUGCACUGUGAAGGUUCUUUGAUCAAAGCAACAUUCACCCUUUUCUUCUGGGAUCUGAUAUACAAUCCUGAAAUUUUGGUGCCAGGUACUUUCAUAUCUAAAUACCAACAGGUUCCACUAGAUAUGACAACGCCAUAUUUUUAUACCAAUAGGAAGGAGGUGAUUGACAAACGUCUGCGAGACAUAGGCUCGGAUUGGUCAGACUCAAAAACAAUCGAGUUUGUCAAACAUAGUUUUGAUAUGCAUUCACAUGAAAGUGGAUUUUGUGAACCGGGGUACUACAUAACAGAUGCAAAAAUGUUAGAAGAUCUGGUAAAUUGCAUCGGGAGGAAAGUCCUAUCUAAGAUAUAUGAACGCCUGGUGAAAAAUAUUUGGCAGUACUCUAGUGGGAUGCCAGAUCUUUUAUUAUGGAAUAGUAAAGAAAAGAAGAGUAAAUUUGUUGAAGUAAAAGGAGAAAAUGACAAAUUGUCCAUUAAACAGAAAUUGUGGUUGAAAUACCUUCAAUCUAUCGGAGCCAAUAUUGAAGUAUGCCUAGUGCACUCUAUGGGCUCCAAAAGAAAAAAAUUAUCUCCAUCUACCACAGCAACUGAAGAUGCUAAAACUCCUGUGAAUCAAGGUAGUAGAACUCCAAAGAAGGGUAUAUGUGAAUCUGAAAUUGAGAACAACACGACUCCUGAGAAAAAAGUUAGACUCAACAAUGAAAGGAUAAAUGAUGUAGCAUCCACCUCUACAUCUAAGUCAUAACAAUAUUUUUCAAUAAUAUGAACUGAACCAACGACAAUGGGUUUAUCCAGAUUUACUGUGACUAAUAAUUUCAUGUUUCAUUGAUUGAAUAACUUCCCAAGUUGAGGUGGAACUUCAACUCGUGAUAGUACAUUUGUUAUGUUUCAAAGUUUCAGGUGUCCUUGUAACAUUCACCAUUGUUCCAUUCGGCAUUUAGUUUUUCUAUGUGUCGACUAUUUUAUUAGUUAUAGUAUUUUCGUUUGAAUUAUUAUCUAUUUUUAACACAAUUGUUUUAAUUAAAAGUACACUAUUACUAAAUUACUUGGAACUUUUGUAAAAGAAAUCACCAUUUGAAUUGUGAUAAUCUAAUAUAAAAACGGCUGUGUUGUUAAUUUAGUAAUAAUAUUGAUGAUCUAAUGGUUAUGACAAAUGUUAAAAUUUACCUCUCAACCACUUUACCAUUCACUGAGAAUAUUGCGUCAAUUGUUCUCGAUGAAAAUGUCACACAAAUACCACAGGUUGACACAAUUUUAGAAAAGUCUGAAACCAGAGUCUAGAUGUUGCUUCCCAGAAGAUUUUUGGUAUGAUAAAUGCAACAUCAAAAUUGCUCCAUCACAUAGAAUUUGUUUGGGCAUCUGAAGGUAGACCUCCUCUACUGAAAAAUCAAUUGUAAUUUUUCAGAUAUCUUAGUUAUUUGAGCAAUAGGGGACAUAUUUUUCAGAUUAAUAUUCUCAUUAUUUUAGUGAAAAGCCGGAGCCCUAUUACUCCAAAUCUCAAAUCCGAUAACCCCAAAUCAUGUUACUCCAUAUCCGUUAAAUUUCACUAUCUGAGCUAAUAAUUUCCAGAGAUUCAGGAGUUAUGAGGCUUGGGACAAGCAUUUGUUAUAAUGAAAACAAAAAACUAAUAAGUUUCAAUCUACCACAUUUCUAAUUUGACGUAAAAUAUAUUAAAAGAUCAAAAUUAAUUUUGACUUGAAAAAGUUGUGAUUUUAGAUACCUCAACAGGUUUUGCAUGAAAAAAUUAUUUCAAUCUUCAGUAUUAUCAGCAUUAUCAAGUAGGAAUAUCUUUUAAUCCUGGUGUUCUUGGAAAAAUGCUCAAUCGGCUUUUAAUCAUUUUUAUGAACAAUUUUUUAUUGAGUAUAAUAUACAUUAUCAUUUUUUCAAUCCACAUAGAAAAAAAGUGUUUAUAAAAAUACAGUUAUAAUAUUUUUCAUAAUAUUUAUAGUCUAGUCUUUCGAUUUUAAAAAAUGUUAGCCUUUAUAAUCAUUUUUCUCAAUAAAUAAGAUCGGAUGAGGAUUAUAUUUGGAGCAUAAGUAUGUUUUCUAAGUUGACUAUACUUUGUUUAUUUGUCAUAAGCAUCAGCUGUCAUAUGUAUAAGACUUGUAAAGUAUCCAUUUUUUGGGAUUAUUUGAUGUUGGAAAAUUGAUUCAAUUAUAUUCAUUUUAGUCAAUAUAAGUAAGGAUUUUUGUCCACAUGUAUUUUUUUGACUUGGCUACUCUGCAUUUUAGUGCAAUUUGUCAUAUGUAGUUGAUGUUUAUAUUAUCUACUUCGAAGUUCAAUUUACUCUAAUCGUUGUACUCAUCCUCCAAUUAGUAUUAUUAAUAUUUAGUGGAAGUAACAUCGUGAACAAUCAAGAUGACAACUGACAAUAAUGACAAACAGAGUAGACAAUUCAGAAAAAUACAGAGAAUCCGAAUGAAAUCCUUAGCCGAUAUCAUCUAUUUUUUUUUUUUGGGGUAUAACAUAUAAUUAUUAUUUUGUUCUUAGAAGAAUGUUGAAAAAAGAUGUAUUUUUAUAAUAAUUCAGUUGUAAUAUAUUUUAUACCAGUU